UUAUUGAUGGGGAUCUGUUGAGUAGAGUGCCGAGUUCUGGAGGGAGCCUUUUUCCUGAACACCCAAGUGUUGCGGAUUGCUGGGCGCUGGCAGCGUUUGCUGCUGUUAUAGGGGGCAGAAAUGACUGGUUUCUUAUGGAAGAGUUUCCAUCGAAUGCCUAAUAGCAUGUUGCUCAUGCAAAGAACUAUGUCUCUGUAUAACCAUGCCGAUGGUUUUGAAGAGAAAGAAAUCAAGAAAAAACUUCAGCAGUUUACUGGUGGAUCUGUCAACCUCUCAAAAAAGGAAGAUGGCAUUGGGAUACUUACCUUGAACAACCCAAAGCUAAUGAAUGCAUUCACAGGUACAAUGAUGAUAGAACUACAGGAAAAGGUUGCUGAAUUAGAAAACUGGGAGGAUGGAAAAGGACUUAUUAUCCACGGUGCAGAAAAUACUUUUUGCUCAGGAUCUGAUCUUAAUGCAGUCAAGCUACUAUCCAGUCCAAAGGAUGGAAUGAAUAUGUGUAUGUUCAUGCAAAACACCUUAACCAGACUUAUGAGGUUACCUCUAAUAACAGUUGCCUUAGUUCAGGGGAAAGCUCUGGGAGGAGGAGCAGAACUGACCACUGCAUGUGACUUCAGGUUAAUGACUCCAGAGAGUGAAAUUAGAUUUGUCCACAAGCAGAUGGGCUUAGUACCAGGCUGGGGAGGAGCUUCCAGGCUUGUACAAAUCCUUGGCAGCAGCCCUGCCCUCAAGUUGCUCAGUGGUGCUGUGAAAGUGCAUCCAGAACAUGCCGUUCAUAUUGGCCUGAUAGAAGCCAUCUUGUCCCCUUCUGAUGAGCCUCUAGAAGAAACGUGCACAUGGCUCAAGCUGCACACAAAGGGACCAGCUGAAGUGAUUCGAGCUGUGAAGAAAGUUGUUGUGGCAGGAAGAGAACUACAGUUGGAAAUGGCCUUGAGAACAGAAAUGAAGAUUUUUGGAACUGUUUGGGGAGGGCCUGCUAACUUGGAGGCCUUAACUCAAAGAUUAAAACACAAGUGAGUAAUUUUGAAAUACGAAAGAAAUAGAUUUGAUAUUUUGCAAACAAAACUGCUAUCAAUCAUGGAUAUAUGGGAAGCAGUUUUUAUCAGUUCUUUGGGUAUUAACAUUCAGCGUUCCCUGGUAAGGAGAUGCUAUUUCAAAUUACAGCUAAAGUGGAAAUUAGUUAUUGGAAAUAUUGCAGUAGUGCAGGAACUUAGUGCCAGGAAGCAGCAAAAUGUUUCAUUCUCAGCUACUGGUUACAUAUUACAGGUAAAAGUCAAAUGUGUAUGGAAGUUUGAGUAUCAGCCAAAAUGCUCCCCUGAAUGUUCAUUGCACUUGAUUCAUCUGAUGUAUUUUUAGAGCUUUGUUGUUGCUGUUGUGUGAAGUAGACAGAUUCCAUCAGGGCUGGCAGUGUGGACAUCCAUUUCAAAUGUAGUGACUUAUACCCACUUGGCCCAAAGACAGAGACAGAGACAAAGGAGACAAGCUGUACUUUAAGGUGGAUUUGAUGUUUCCCAAUUCAAGUUCUUCCCUUGGAUGUUUAGUGUUUGGAUCUUCCCACUUAUGUUUCAUGGACUAAGCCCAUCUCACCAGGCUCAUAAGCUAUUAACUGUAUUUUUAAAAUAUUUUCAUUGAGUUAUGAGUUCUGUAAGUGACUAGAUCUGAAUGAGAAUCUCCAGCAGACUGGCUUUGAGGACAGCAGUAUGAACUGAAUCCUUUGUCUUCAUUCUUGGUCUUUCUGUCUAAAGAGUGCUUAUGGAUACAUUUGAAAUAAAUGUUUGUGUAGCUGUC